AGAUGGAACAUAAAUUGGAAUAACUAAUGAUUCUGUCUUUUUCUUGAUCUUCAGUAGGGACAUGGGGAACGCCUUACAUGUCAGAAAAAGGGUGGCUUUGGCCUCUCUGGUCACAGCAGUUGUUGUCAUAGUGGUCAUCAUAGCCCUCUCUGUGAGUCUCACUCAGGAGAAGUCAAGAAAUGCAGGAAUGGCCGAGCCCACUGUUUCUGCUCCAGAUCACUACAGACUCCCGGACACUAUCACUCCGAUUUCCUACAAUGUGACCUUCUGGCCACGACUGGAACCCGACGAUAAUGAUCUGUACCUGUUCACCGGGAAUUGCACGGUGGUGUUUAAAUGUACGAGGGAGACGGACCUCAUCCUCAUCCAUUCCAUAGAGCUGAACUUCACUCUGCUGGACGGAUUCCAUGCCAGGUUGACGGGCCUGAAUGGACCUGCGCCCAGUCUGAAGAAGACUUGGCUGGAGGAUCGGACUGAGUACUUGGUGGUCCAGCUUGAUGGCCCACUGCAGGUCAACAGCAGUUAUGAACUCUUCACAGAGUUUGUUGGAGAGCUGUCCCUUACCCAGCAAGGUUUCUACAGGAGUGUAUACACUGAGGACGGUGUGGAAAAGGUGAUUGCAACAACUCAAAUGCAGCCCACGCAUGCCCGAAAAGCCUUCCCGUGCUUUGAUGAGCCUGCCUUGAAAGCUGUCUUUCACGUGACGCUCAUUCACCCACAAAACACCACGGCUUUGUCCAACUCUUUAGCCUCUGACAAAGGAGGCCACACCAACCCAGGUAGGGAGCAGAGCAGCAGGCUGGGUUUCAUUGGGUUUGGUUUUCGUCAAUGUCCCCUUUGUCCCCCUCCCUCACCCCUAUACUCAAGCCGGGUUACUCCCAGGGGAUGUACCACAAGUCAUGUCAACUUCACUUUGGAUGGCCAAGAUUUAAUCAGAACCAGCUUUGAACCCACAAAAAUCAUGUCAACCUACUUACUGGCUUUUGUUGUGUGUGAUUUUGGACAUAUCAAGACAGAAACGGGAUCAAGCGUUUUGAUCAGGGUCUGGGCUAACAAGAAAGCCAUAGAUAAAGGAAAGGGAAAUUAUGCCCUGGAGAAGGCCACCCCCAUUCUGGCGUUCUAUGAGAAGUACUAUAACAUCUCGUACCCCCUGAAGAAGUCCGACCAGAUUGCCAUACCUGGAUUUGUCUUUCCGGCAAUGGAGAACUGGGGCCUGAUCACCUAUAGGGAGUCCACAUUUUUACAGGACCUGCACGAGUCUUUCUAUGAAGACAAGGAGAUGUUGGUGGAUAUGGUCUCCCAUGAGUUGGCACAUAUGUGGUUUGGAAACCUGGUGACCUUGAGGUGGUGGAACGACUUGUGGCUUAACGAAGGCUUUGCCUCCUACGUUUCUAACCUUGGAUCAGACCAUGCAGAACCGACGUGGGAGCUGAAUGACUUUAGUGCGUCAGAGAAAAUCCUGGUCGCUUUGGAUGUCGAUGCUUCGUGCAUGUCCCACCCCCUGUCCCUCAAAGAGGAGGAAGUCCAGACACCGCGAAAAAUUGCAUCCCUAUUUGACAGCAUCACCUACAAAAAGGGUACCGCCGUCCUUCGAAUGCUGUCAAACUUUGUAACUGAAGCGGUCUUGACCAAAGGAUUGCAGACUUACCUAAAAGAGUUCCAGUAUAAAAACACGGUUCCAAAGGAUCUGUGGAAGCACUUACAAAUGGCGGUGGAUGAAGCCGGCAUCUCCCUGCCCCGACCAGUAGAGGAGAUCAUGAACCGAUGGGUCUUACAGAUGGGUUUUCCACUGAUUACCAUCGACACACGGACCGGGACGGUCCACCAAAAACACUACUUGUCAAGUUCAGAAUGUGUGAUGGACACUCCUUCAGAAUUCAACUACUCGUGGUUCGUCCCCAUCACCUGGAUGAAGAAUGGGAAAGAAGAACCAAAAUAUUGGCUUCUGACAAAGGAAGAUACAAACACAGACAUGGCUCUGGGGUCUUCUGAUUGGUUGGUGGCCAACAUCAAUUUGACAAGUUUCUUUAGAGUCAAUUAUGAUGCUGAAAACUGGGAGCGCAUCAUCAACAAACUGAACUCUAGACAUCAGGACAUUCCACUGAUCAACCGAGCUCAGAUCAUAGACGACGCCUUUAAUCUGGCAGAACUGGGGAUGGUGAACAUGACUCUGGCUCUGAGAAUCACCUCGUACCUGGAUAAGGAAGUUGAGUACAUGCCGUGGCGCCGAGCUGAUUUCUACUUGAAGAAGUUCCUCGACAUCCUUCUUCCAAGAGGGAUUCAUGGACCCCUGCAGGCAUACUUCAGAAAAAAGGUCACACCUGUGUUUCAGUACUACAAGAAGCUGACCCGUAACUGGACCGAGAGACCAACACGUCCCUCUGAUCUGUACAACCAGGUAACAGUCAUUAACUUGGCCUGCAAAGUGGAACUGAAAGACUGCACUCAGCUCGCCACGACAUGGUUCAGAGAGUGGAUGAAUAAUUCCCCCACCAACAAAAUUCCUCCCAGUUUGGAGAAGGAAGUUUACUGCAGCGCAGUCGCAGCCGGAGGGACGGAGGAGUGGGACUUUAUAUGGUCCAUGUACCAGAAAAACGUCAUGUCAGAACAAACAAGUUACAGCCUGAUGUAUGCUCUGUCCUGCACCAGACAGCCUUGGCUCAUCAGCAGGUAUUUGGAGUACUGUUUGGAUCCAGAGCAAGUCCCAGUGAAUGACAUCCAUCAUGUCAUUACUUUUCUGGCUCAUAACCCCGUCAGCCAACCUUUUCUUUUGUACUUUCUCAGAACUAACUGGCAGGACAUUGUCAAUAAGAGCUUUUUUUCCAAAGAGUCAGUGAUCUACAUUAUAACCAGUCUUAUGUCCACUCGCUUACAGCUCAACCAGUUCCUGCAGUUCAAAGAGGAACUUAAAAAACAGCUGAGCUUGGGAGAGGAGGAGUUUGAGGUGUUCAACACUGUGGAGGCCAACAUGAAAUGGAUUGAGAGGUACAGCAAAGAGGUGCACGACUGGCUCAUUAGUGAAACUUCAGAGAAGUAAUCCUACUUUUUACCUUCCAAAAGGAAAAUAGGCCUAAUGUUGUAUUUUUUUAUAUUUUCUGCUUCUUAUUCAAAUAUCCAAAGUAAAUUUUCCUUUUUGACACAUUUCCAUUUUUCUCAUGUGAUUAUCUUAAUGUUUAAAGAACUGAUGGUUAAGUGGACUUUUCUGAUGACAAAUAAUCACACAAAAAAGUUUUAAAACCUUUUAUUGUUUACAUGUCACAGAUAACACCUUUAUUUUCUUGUACAGCUAACUAGUAAGUGGUUAAUAUGUUUUAUUAUUGAAUGAAUACAUGAAAACGUGUUAUUUCUUUUCCUCUUUUAUUGUAAAAAGCACCUGAAUUUUCCACUUCAAAAUAGAAGGUGUGGCUCAAUUAAAGUUGAAAAUUUGCAUUA